GUUGCUACUUAAUUGUAGGUUCAUUUUCAGGAAAAAAAAAAUGAAGAAAGGAAUUCACCCUCAAAUGCAAUGGAUAUCCUACGUGACUCAAAGUGGACGGUUGAUGCAUGUUAUGAUGACCAAAAUACACCAAACAGGCAAGGUUUAUCACAUAAGAGCAAGGCGUCAGAUGGCUCAAAGUCUUGGUCAGAUUGCAAAGUUUAAGCGCCGAUAUGGUGAGAAGGAGGAAGAAGUGGAGAAAACAGAUAAAUGAAUGCAUAAGUUGGAAAAAUAGUGAAUCUCUGAUGAUUUUGUGGAUGGAUUCAUCCUCGCCUUUUCCUUUCCGUCUCAUCUUAACUGGUCUUCUUGUAUGCUGUCACUCCUUUGAAUGUCUGUUAAACAUUAGCAAACAACCAUUCUCCCUACUGUGUACACCAAUUCAGUGAUGUUUUUGCAGCAAUUAUUAUGGCUCGUCCUCCUGUCA